AUGAACCCGAUAAUAGUAAAUAUUAAUCACCAACAACACAUCCACCAACCUGAUGCUGCAGCUGCAGCAGCACCAGCACCAGCAAGAUAUCCCCGCGGCGAUCUACUUCUCGACAACAGACGUGGUGACUACAUGGAUAAAUGUGUUCCUCUGUAUAAAGCCUCAAUCAAAGGGGAUUGGGCAGCUGCGGAAGAGCUACUUAGGGAUGGCGGUAUUGAAAAUCUGUUAGGAUGUAGCAUCACUGAAAAUCAAGAAACAGCCCUCCAUGUUGCAUCAUCAAUGGGCCAAAGCGCCGACUUCGUGGAGAAUCUGAUACGCAGGAUGAGACCAGAGGAUUUGGUCCUUCAGAAUAGGGAGGGCAAUACUGCAUUUUGUUGUGCGGUUAUCGCUGGAAACAUUCAAAUGGUUAUAGCUAUGGUUGAGCGGAAUCGAGAUAUAUUGAUCAUCCCUGAUAGGGAGAACAUGAUGCCACUCUAUCGAGAUUUAUUGAUCAUCCGUGGUAGGGACGACACGAUGCCACUCUAUCUAGCUGCUUUGUACGGAAACCAUAAAAUGGUGACUUAUCUAUAUGAUUUGUCUCGGCAAAUGCAAACCGAUGCUUGGACAGAUAAUGACAGGAGUAUGGUUUUCUUAAAAUGCGUUGAGGUUAAUUUCUUUGAUGUGGCACAACGAAUAUUGGAGCAUCACUUAAACGCCCCUACAGGUGCAUAUGUAUCGGAAGUACUGAAGGUAUUGGCUCGAAACUCUUGUGCUUUUGAUGAUAUAGAUGAACAACAUAAUAUCUGGAAAAGCAUCAUCAGUUCAAUCUUUCAUUUGGUUGUGGGACAAGCGAACAGAGAAAGGGAAGCGACACAAUUACUAAGACGAUUUUGGGGAAGAAUUGUGAUAAGACCAAGAAAUGAAAUAGAUAUAAUACUCCAAGGUCCGGCAGAGAUUGACCACAAUGGAGUGCCAACUCACCCUUCUGAUCAAAUACUAUUCAUUGCUGCUGAAAUGGGCAACGUUAACUUCCUAACUGAGCUAAUUAGGAGCUAUCCUGAUCUUCUAUGGAGGAAAAAUGAUAAUGGUCAAACUAUCUUUCAUGUUGCCGUCUCUCAUCGUCGUGAGAGUGUCUAUAGCCUGUUGUAUGAGUUGGGCUCAAUGAAAGAUGUUAUGACUCCGCUCAGAGAUAUAGAUGGCAAUAAUAUGUUACAUUUAGCCGGUCUGAAUCCCCAGAAUAAUCCAUACGAGGACUUGUUCACAACUCCAUUCCAAAUGCAACGUGAAUCACUAUGGUUCAAGGAAGUAAAUGCUAUGAUGCCGCCUACAUAUAGACAAGUGAAGAACAAUGCAGGACAAACCCCAUCCCAACUAUUUAGUGAGAACCACAGAGACCUAGUCUCUAAAAGUAAGAAAUGGAUAAAGGGAACAACUAAUCAAUGCAUGGUGGCCGCCGCACUUAUAGCCACCAUAGGAUUUUCAGUAGUUUUCACGAUUCCGAGGGGGUAUGACCAACACAACGGCAUUCCUCAGUUCAUCCCUGAUGGACACCUCAUUGCGUUUGUUGUACUAGAUGCCAUUUCUUUUAUUCUAUCUUCAUUUUCAAUCCUGAUGUUCUUAUCAAUUGUCAUUUCUCGUUACACUCAAACAGAUUUUCUAGAAUCUUUGCCCCAAAAACUAUCAUUUGGUCUAGUAAUACUCUGUCUUUCUAUACUCACCAUGAUGGUCGCAUUUGGCAUAAGCAUCUUCAUUCUAUACCAUCACAAGUUCAUGUUCAUAGUACAUAUUUUUGGCCUACUUGUUGCUAUAGCAGUCACUUGGAAGGUGCAAUAUCCUCUUUUGGUGGCUGUGUUUCACUCAACAUAUGGUUCUAGGUAUCUCUUUAAACCCAAGAAACGCAUGCUGUGGAAUGAUAUGAUGUAG